AUGGAUCAAUUUCGUACCGCCCUCCAACCCAUAACCCAUAACCUCCCUGCGCCUAUCAAAGAUUUGGGAGUAUCUCUCAUCGGCGAGAAAUGUUACAAAACACUCCUCCUCGAUAUCGAUCCAACCCACACAGAAUGUCUCAAACUGGGUAUCUCUAAGGGUCUUGGAGUAGGAAUCAUAGCAGCCUCUUCGAUUGUCAAGAUUCCUCAACUUCUCAAACUUAUCUCCUCCAAAUCUUCCGACGGAAUAUCCUUCCUCUCCUACCUCCUCGAAACAUCCGCCUACCUCAUUUCCCUCGCAUACAACUAUCGAUCAGAAUUCCCCUUCAGCACAUAUGGGGAGACCGCUCUUAUCAUGGUGCAGAAUGUAGUGAUUGCGGUCUUGGUUUUGAACUACAGCGGAAGAGCUAGCACCGCCGCUCUUUUCGUGGCAGGAUUGGCCGUAAGUGCCGUUACGCUGUUCAGCGGAAACAUGUUAGAUAUGCAACAAUUGGCAUACCUACAAGCUGGAGCUGGAGUUUUGGGAGUAGCAAGUAAAUUGCCACAGAUCUUGACCGUUUGGCAAGAGGGAGGAACAGGACAGUUGAGCGCUUUCGCUGUCUUCAAUUAUCUCGCUGGCUCCCUCUCCAGAAUCUUUACUACCCUCCAGGAAGUAGACGAUAAGCUUAUCCUCUACGGAUUCAUCGCCGGUUUUGCACUCAACGCAAUUCUAGCUCUCCAAAUGGUAUACUACUGGAACUCACCUAGCAAGACCAAGAGCAAGAAGAGCAAGAGCAAGAAGUCCUCAAAUGGAAAGCAAAAGGUUCCUGUUGCAGCCUCCCCUGCUGCAACUACCACUCAAUCUCAAAAGAGCACAGCCAAGAGUCCUAGCACACGUAGACGUGGUUAG